AUGUCUGACGACCGGUACAAGCCCACUGAGCACGGCGGUCUCCGCGAGGAUGGCCAACCCGACAGGCGCGUCGGCACCGGCGAGUUCGCCUACGGCAAGGUUGACCCCCAUGAGGCGGGCGAGAAGGGCGGCAAGCUCAGCGGCAUUGGCUCCAGCGACGACAAUAACACUUCGGGCAGGUCGGGCAACUCUGGCAGCUCGGGCAGGUCGGGCGGUUCCCAAAAGGGACAGUUCGCCCACGGCAAGGUCGACCCCCAUGAGGCUGGUCGGAAGGGCGGCCACGCGGCUCAUGAGCGGAACGACUGA